GCAGGAAGAAGAAGAAGAAGAAGAAGAAGGAAAGUUAUGCUGCAAAGUCAACCGGUGUAGCGGGCGAUCAGCGAGCACAAUGGCCCGCAGAGGUGGGGAAAAACACCAUCAUUUCUUCUUUUUUUUUUCUUUUUUUUUACCAGAACCACCGCAGGGUACCGGUGCCAGAGGGAGAGGGUGGAAGUUAAAGUGGCCGAUCAUCUUCCCUGACUCCCCGGCAGUCACGACUCCCAAACGCAGCAGCCGCUAACCCCCCCUGUCAGCCAGCCAGCUAGCACAACAUGCUACAUUCGUUUUAAACGCGACGCAAAGAGCGUCCAGCGUAGCGGGCGGAUCACUCCCAGGGACCUUGUUUUUAACGGCCUCAGGAUGAAGCGCCUUUACCUGGUGGAGCCAGUGGUGGCUCUGUAUGCUUUUAGCAGCUUUCUCAUCUACCCGCUUGUGCAGCAGUACGUGUACAGGAGGAUUUGGGAGCAGCUGACCCACACCCCCUAUCCUGUGUCCGACAACACCUCCAGAUGUGCACCGAGCAACAUCAGCAGCAACCACACCGAUUUCCAUAAGGACGUGCAGAAGCAGGCGUCUCUUUUCUCCCUUUACUCGGAGCUCCUCACUACGGCCCCGUCUCUAGUCGUCACCCUCGUGUUGGUCGCCUAUAGCGACCGGGGAGGACGCAAAAUCACCAUCAUCAUGCCUCUGAUCGGCACGCUGAUCUACACGACCACCUUCCUGAUCGUGUCCUUCUUUGAGCUCAACAUCUACCUCCUCAUCGGCGCUUCGUUCCUCAGCUCUCUGUUCGGGGGUAUCAUCACCUUCCUGGGGGGCUGCUUUGCCUACAUCGCGGACUUGUGCCACGACGACCGGCAGAAGACGCUGCGCAUGGCCGGGGUGGAUAUGAUGAUCGGUCUGUUGUCUGGCGUUGCUGCUAUAUCCACAGGUUACUUCCUGAGAGCUGCGGGCUUUAACUGGCCUUUCCUCACUUCGGCUCUGUGCCAGUGUUUGAUCCUGAUCUAUGCAGUGUUUAUCCUAGAGGAGACAGUGAAAAAGACCCCCGUUGAUGGCGGUACUCUAGACGGGCCUCCUCAGCGCCCUACGUUGAGACAGUUGGUCUUUGGGCUGUGUCAGAUCUUUGCAAGGGCGAGCUCCAGGUGUAAGAGAGUCUUGGCCCUCCUGAUGAUCAUCUUCACCAGCUUCACCUUCGCCUACAUCGGAGGCAUCUCCUUGGUGACGCUGUACGAGCUAAACGAGCCGCUGUGCUGGACUGAGAUUCUGAUCGGCUAUGGCUCAGCGCUGUCCACCACGGUGUUCCUGACCAGUUUCGCCGGCGUGUCGGUGUUCACGUACUGCGGCGUUCCACGGCUGCUCAUCGUCACGCUGGGGAUCCUGUCUGUGGCGUCAGGAUUGAUCCUGGUGGCGUUUGCGAAGACAACAGUGCUGAUGUUUGUAGUGAGAAUCCCCAUGCUUCUGUCCAUCAUGCCGUUCCCUGUUCUGCGCUCGGUGAUGUCAAAGAUCGUCUCCAAGUCCGAGCAGGGAGCCCUGUUUGCUUAUCUUUCCUUUCUGGAGAGCUUGUUUAACAACGUUGGAUCUGCGGUCUUCAACAGUAUCUAUGCUGCCACGGUGGGGUGGUACCCUGGUUUUGCCUUCCUACUAGCUGCCGGACUCCUCGUCAUUCCUUUAGCCGCCCUUGGGGCCGUGGCUUUAAUUGGAUUGGAUGUCACCACCGAACCCAGAAAGGCAGAAGAUCCAACCUCCGAGGAGGACGGCCGGGCCGAGAAUGAUAACGACACCAGUCCUCUCCUAAACCCUUCUUCUAUCAACGGCUCAGCUGCACCUUGUUAGCUUAUUUACCUUUCAAGUAUGUCAGUAACUGUCACAUUCAGUUUUCUGGGUUGUUACCACAAAUAACAGUUUAAUUUUUUUGUUAUUAACUAACUGGUUUUGAUGCAGUCUUUUUGAAGGAAGGCUUAUUGCUCAGUUAGCAACCAGGUUUUAUUGCUGAAAACAGAUCUCAUUCAAGAUGAAAUGUCAUUUAAUGACGACAAAUAUGUUAAGAAGGAGAAAGUAAGCUUUAUCUUUCUCAGGGCAAAUACGUGUGUGUGGCUUUAUUAGAGAUGUAUAGUUGUUUUUAAAACUUCUGGUUGAUUAAUGUGUGGUGUAAUUAGCUGUUUGAUCAUUUCACAUUAUUACAAGAGUGUUGUCUCCUUUCAGCGUGUUACGAUUUUUAAGUUUUUACCAUUAAUGAUUUUUUGGGCCAAUUUUCACCAAAGUACUUAAAGGUACAUGUUCACGUUAUUUGACUUUUUUUUUUUUUAUAUAUAUAUAAUAACUACUGGCAUAUAUUUAUAUGCCAGUAACUCACUCUGGUUGGAUAUAACAUUUUUUUCUGAAGGAUUGCCAUGACCUGCUGGCACAGUAUUUGUUAUUUUUGUCUUUUAAGCUUCGUUUUUGCUCAAUUUGUCAGUAAAUAUAGCCUUUUCUGUGUAUAUUUACCAUUACAACAUCAUGCGUACAAUUGGUCUACAAGCCGAAGCAAUGGAGGCAAGCGAGUGUGGAACUCCCAGCAUAGUUGUGAAAAAGAAAAGAAACGUGGAACUUGAAAUAAGAGUAGGUCGGGACUUAUUUAGUAGCUGCGUCAAUGGCGACCAUCUGGUUUUCUAAUAGUUCUGCUGUACUGCCGGUAGAUGGCGCCACAUCUGUUUAUGUCAGCUCAUUGUUGGGGUUCUAUUUAGGCUAAAAAAAAGGACUAUUAAAACACUAUCUGUACAGGCUCUUGGAUUGUAAAGCAUUAUUUUAUCAUAAUCAACUGGAUUUUGGUCUUUUUAGUAUAGGUAUAUAACAUGGCUAUAUACCUUUAAAGUAUAGUACAAAUACUCAAGGCACAGAAAUGUAUCCCCUCCCCCCACCCCCCCAAAAAAACCACAUCAAAAAACCCUCUAUGUUAACCAAGCCAGCAUGCCUUCUUGCCAAAUAAUUGUUGAAAUCUGACAAUCUUGGGUUACAGGGGCCUAGUCACGUAUCAUGACUUUAAGGAUUUGAACACCAGUAGCUCACUCUGGUUGCAUACAAUGGUUUUCCCAUUAAAUUAGCACACUCUACUGGCAUAUUAUAUCUUAUUUCUAUGUUUUACAUUUUGUUCUUUAUUAGUAAGCAUAGUGCUUUUGUGUAUAUUUACCAUAACAAGGCCACAUGACCAGAAGUUUGAGCGCUAUGAGUAAAAAAAAGUAGAUGCGAUGGAGCAGAGCGAAUCAGUAACUCUCAGCAGAGGUGCAAAAAGAAAGGCCUAGUUGACCCUAACCCUUUAGAUUGUGUUGGUCACUUUACUGUGAGGCUUCGCAGGAUGGUCUACUGGCUCUUAUAGCAGCUGCAUCAAUUGGCGCCAUCUUGCUUUCUGAUGGUUCUGUGGUACCACCAGCAAAUGGCUCACAACAAUGUUUGUGAAAAAUUAUUUUGAAACUCAAAAAGGGCUAAGUAAACACUAUCCGCACGAGCGCUUGGUGUAUAUUGUUUCAUUUCAAGAUGAAAAUGUGUUUUUUUUUGUGUGUUUUCUUUAAGAAUGGUGUGAUUAAUUAAUUUAUGUAGACCAGAAAAGAGCCUGACAGAGUAAUUUGAUGGGUUCUGAUGUUUUUUUUUUCUUAGGAAUUAAAUUUUAUAUUGUGUGAAACUAUGCUUCUUUUGAAAAAAUAUUUGCACAGAAUGUGACUUUAUGUGUUACAUACUUUCUGUCUUUUAUUUUUUGUUGUUGUUGUUAUUAGAAUUAGAUGUGAAACUAUGAACAAAAAUCAAAAUAAUUAAAGUGUCAACACUUCUAUUAGGGAAGAAGGAGUUAAAAGGGAAACAAACCAGAUGAGUUUACAGCUCAUGUAUCUGUGUUCAAGAGCUAGGAUGUUUAUGAAAAUCCAAUUCCCAAAAUGAAUCCUUUUCUGAAGAAGACUUGAUUAGGAGAGCACUUGAUUGGUGACUGAAAACACCACUAAUUGAAAGCCAUUAACUAGCAGUAGGAAUUAACUAAAUACGUUGGGGUUUUGUUUUACAUUGGAAAUGGUGGCUGUGGAUGGAAAACUGCCACUGGGGAAUUAAAUUGCUCAGGUAUACAUAUCUUGGGUAUGACACUUGACUAAUUAUUAAAUUCAGUACCUAUUUUUAACAUUGUUUUUUGUUAGCUCACAGUGAACACAAGAAGACAAAGGUCUAUAUCACAGAACUGAUCCCUUGAUGCCAAAUGUUACCAAAAUGUGGAAAUUGUACUGCAGCACUUCAUGGAUCCAGGGUUAAGUUGAGGAAAUCAAACUUCUAUAUAAAAAAGCACUUUAUAUUAGUUAAUGUUUUCCAAUAAAAUUAGCAUAUGAAACGGU